UAAAUUAGUCGCACUAAUGAAAAAAAAAAUUAUUUCAUCAACAUGGAGCCAAAAUAUGGUUUAUUCAAAUUUUCGAAAAAUUCGUCGAAGAAAACUGAAUUGAUUAAAAAAACAUCUGUAUUUGGCGAUUCAGAUUCGGAUGAUGAACCAAAUGCUCCGCCAGAUUAUCAUCAAUCUUCUAAUCUAAAACGGCAAACUCAAUCAAAAAUUCAAAAAGCAGUGGAACUUGAUCCAACUAUUUUUCAAUAUGACGAAGUUUAUGAUGAAAUCAAAAGUCAACAACCAGCGGAAAAAAUUAUCAGCCAAGUUGAUAAAAAACCUAAAUACAUCAAUAACUUGUUAAAGAUGGCUGAAACAAGAAAACUUGAACAAGAAAUUCGUUUGGAACGAAAAAUUCAAAAAGAACGCGAACAAGAAGGUGAUGAAUUCAAGGAUAAAGAAUCAUUUGUCACUUCUUCAUAUCGAGAAAAAUUAGAAGAGAUGAGAAAAACGCACGAAGAAAUGGAAAAACAAGAUGCAAUCGAAAAAAUGCUUGAUGUUACAAAACAUAGUGAUCUCAACGGAUUUUAUCGAAGUUUAUAUAAAAAUAAUAUGUUUCAAGAUAAAAAUGUUGCCGAUGAUGAUUCUAAAGCAAAUACCAAUACAGAUAAAAUAGUGUUCAAUAAAUCGAAUGUUCGAAACAAGAUAAGUAUACGUGAAAGAGAUACGCUAAAAACCGAUGGUUGUAAUGAUGAUGAUGAUAAUGAUGAUGAUCAAGAUCAUCUAACAAAAGCCGUUCUUGAAAAACCCAACGAAAGUGAUAAAUCAUCUAAAGAAAAAACUAAAAAUGAAGAAGAGAAAAAGGAAGUUGAAAAUAAAAAUGAUAUUGAUAUUUCAUCCGAAUCUCGAUCGGUUGGAGAACGAAAAAAUCCUGAAGAUAAAGGUAAUGAAAACGAAGAACCUGAACCAUUACCGUCAUCACCACCAAAACCAAAAUUAUCCCGUAUGGAAUUAAUACAAAAAUUAUUCACCAAACGAACCGUUGGUGAUGUAUUCGAACAAGCUAGACAACGAUAUCUUGAACGACGAAAACAAAGUCUUUUAAAAAUUUGAAUUUUUAUUUUUUUUCUUUUGUUAUUGAUAUUUACAUAAUAAAUAAUCAUAAAUUUAAUAAAUAAAUACUUCAAGUCGA